GGUGGACGGCGGGUCCGCGUGCGGGGGGAUGUCGGCCCUGCGCUGGGGCCGCGGUGCGGCCGGGCUCGGGCGGGCCCUGUGGCCGGCGGGCCACCCUGGCCUCCUGGCCGAGGAAGGGGCGCUGGGGGGCGUCUGGGGCCGCCGAAGGAGCUCGUCCGCCAGCCCUUGUGAGCAAGACCGUGGGAAGGACUGGGGCCACAACGAGCUGCUGGAGGUGCUCGAGGCGCGGGUGCGGCAGCUGCAGGCCGACUGUGUGUCAGAGGUGACGGUGAAGAGGGUGGACGUGGCUCGACUCCCAGAGGCUGGUGGCUUCCAGCCCCCCCGGAAGGCGCAGCUGGGGGCCGAGGGGGCUGCUCCGGGGCUCAGCGGCCGCUGGGCGGAGAAGCUGGACAAGGAGAAGUGGACGAUGCAGAAGCGCCGGCAGCGGCUGGAGGUGAAGCUGCAGGAGCGGGCCCAGAAGCUGGCCCGCAAGCAGCAGCUGCGGGUGGAGCCCCGCCUGCUGAACGGGCAGCUGGCGGCGUGCCUGCAGCGCUGGGAGCAGGGGAGCCCCUGCAGCCCCUGGGAGGAGCAGCUGGCCUGGCUGCUGCAGGAGGGCCCCCAGGGGCUGAGCGGCGAGGUGCAGCAGGCCCCGGCAGACAGCGGGGCCAGGGCGCAGCUGGAGAGCCAGCAGCAGAGGCUCCUGGCCUUCUUUGAGUGCUGCCUGCUCACGGGCCACCUGCCCCUCGCGCACCACGUGCUGGUCAUCCAGCACAGCAAGUCCCGGCCGCCGCGGCUGCUCACGCUCGCCAUGUACAACACCGUCAUGCUCGGCUGGGCUCGCAAGGGCUCCUUCAGAGAGCUGGUGUACGUGCUCUUCAUGGUGAAGGACGCCGGCCUGGCCCCGGACCUGCUGUCCUAUGCAGCUGCCCUGCAGUGCCUGGGCCGGCUGGACCGGGACGCCAGCACCAUCCAAAGGUGCCUGCAGCAGAUGGCCCAGGACGGGCUGCCGCUGCACGGGCUCUUUGGCUUGCCGCUGUGCGAGGAGGACCAGGUGGUGCUGCUGAGGGCCGUGUGCAAGGCCCAGCCCGGCUUCAGGCCCCCGCCUCAGCCCCGGCCCCCGCCCCAGGUCAGCAGUUCACCUCUGCUCAGGGACAUCUACGAGAAGGACCUGCCCGUGUCCUACCCGCGGCUGCACCUGCCCCAGAAGGAGCUGGAGCGUCUCUUCCAGGAGCAGCUCCGCGUCGAGAUGGCCACCACCGUCACCGUGGAGUCGGUGGAGAAGGCCCCGCGGCUGACCCCGGAGGUCCUGCGUGCGCGGAAGACCCUGAAGGGGCUGCGCGCCCGGUGGGAGGCGGCGCUGUGCCGGGCGCUGCAGGAGAGCAAGGCCAGCGAGGCCCAGGCCGCGCGCGAGGGCCGCCCCACGCUCCUCCCGUACCUGUGUCUGCUCGGCGAGCGCGAGUGCGCGCAGCUGCUGCUGCAGACCCUGCAGGCGCUGCCCCCGCAGGGGGAGUCGCUCCUCUCGCUGGCGCAGCAGCUGGGCCUGCGCGCCUUCAACCGGCACGUCGUGCAGAGGAGGCUGCUCAGCAACCAGGUGCGCGAUCUGGAGAAGCGCUACUCGCAGUACCUGCACCUGCUGGCCUCCGACGGCCAGGUGGCGGAGCCCUGCCUGCCGCGGCAGCACUGGGAGGCGCUGGGGGCGCCCGAGGCCCCCCACGAGCAGCCCUGGCCCUUGCCUGUGCUGGUGCAGCUGGGCAAGCAGCUGGCCGAGUUGCUGGUGCGGGCCGUGCAUAUGCCCAGCAGCCUGGCCGCGCCCCAGGGCCCCCCCAAGCUCAUCCCCGUGCUCUACCACGUGUACUCCUUCCGCAGCUUCCGCCAGAUCGGGAUCCUGAAGCCGCACCCGGCCUUCACGCAGCUGCUGGCGGCCGCGGCGGAGCGCACGCUGACCUUCGAGGCGGCUGAGGUGCCCAUGCUGUGCCCGCCGCUGCCCUGGACGUCGCCGCACUCGGGCGCCUUUCUGCUGAGCCCCACGAAGCUCAUGCGCUCGGUGGAGGGCACGACGCAGCACCAGCGCCUGCUGGAGCGCUGCCCGCCCGCCGAGCUGCACGGCGCCCUGGACGCCCUCACCCAGCUGGGCAACUGCGCCUGGCGCGUCAACGGGCGCGUGCUCGACCUGGUGCUGGAGCUCUUCACCGCCAAGGGCUGCCCCCGCCUGGGCCUGCGGCGCGAGCUGGCGCGCUGCCUGAAGGCGGCCCGCGAGAUGCACAGCCUGCGCGCCGACGCGCUCUACCGCCUCUCGCUGGCGCAGCACCUGCGGCGCCGCGUCUUCUGGCUGCCGCACAACAUGGACUUCCGCGGCCGCACCUACCCCUGCCCGCCGCACUUCAACCACCUGGGCAGCGACCUGGCGCGCGCCCUGCUGGAGUUCGCCCAGGGCCGCCCGCUCGGCCCGCACGGCCUCGACUGGCUCAAGAUCCACUUGGUCAACCUCACGGGGCUCAAGAAGCGCGAGUCGCUGCGCGCGCGCCUGGCCUUCGCGGACGAGGUGCUGGAGGACGUCCUGGACUCGGCCGACCGGCCCAUGACGGGCCGGAAGUGGUGGAUGGAAGCGGACGAGCCCUGGCAAGCCCUGGCCUGCUGCAUGGAGAUUGCCCAGGCUGUUCGUGCCCCUGACCCCGCUGCCCACAUCUCCCACUUCCCGGUUCACCAGGACGGCUCCUGUAACGGCCUGCAGCACUACGCCGCCCUGGGCCGGGACAGCGUGGGCGCCGCCUCCGUCAAUCUGAUGCCCUCCGACCUGCCGCAGGAUGUGUACAGCGGGGUGGCUGCGCAGGUGGAGGUGUUCCGCCAGCAGGACGCCAAGCAGGGCGUGCGGGUGGCCCAGGUGCUGGAGGGCUUCAUCGGCCGCAAGGUGGUGAAGCAGACGGUGAUGACCGUGGUGUAUGGGGUCACCCGCUACGGCGGCCGCCUGCAGAUCGAGAAGCGGCUGCGGGAGCUCAGCGACUUCCCCCAGGAGUUCGUGUGGGAGGCCUCCCACUACCUCGUGCGCCAGGUGUUCCACAGUCUCCAGGAGAUGUUCUCGGGCACCCGGGCCAUCCAGCGCUGGCUGACCGAGAGUGCCCGGCUCAUCGCCCACACGGGUUCAGCCGUGGAGUGGGUGACGCCUCUGGGCAUCCCCAUCAUCCAGCCGUACCACCACGAGUCCAAGAUCCUGAUCAACGGCGGGAUCCAGAGCCUCACCUUCAGCAGCAGCGGGGACACCAGCCAGAAGCCCAACACCCUGAAGCAGAAGAACGGCUUCCCGCCCAACUUCAUCCACUCGCUGGACUCCUCGCACAUGAUGCUCACGGCCCUGCACUGCUACAGGAAGGGCCUGACUUUCGUGUCCGUGCACGACUGCUUCUGGACACACGCGGCCGACGUCGCCGUCAUGAACCAGGUGUGCCGCGAGCAGUUCGUCCGCCUGCACAGCCAGCCCAUCCUGCACGACCUCUCCAGGUUCCUGGUGAAGCGGUUCUGCUCCGGCCCCAGGUCCCCGAAGCCGUCCAAGAACGUGUGGGUCUCCAGGCUGCUGGACACGCUGCUGUCGGUGCCCAAGACAGGGGCUUUCAACCUGGAGCAGGUGAAGGGCUCCACCUACUUCUUCAGCUGACGUCGGGCGUCCCCGCGGCGCCCUGUGCCACCGUGUAAAUAAAGCUCUGUCGCCACCCA